AUGUCAAGUCCCGGUAAAAUGCAGAUAGUAAAGCCCGGUUGGGCACACACAGACGAGAAGGGUUCGAAGACAAGCAUAUUCUCCAUACAUGUACAUCCUCUUGGCAAAAGAGUGGCCACUGGUGGCUUGGACACGAAAAUAAGGGUUUGGGAUGCCGAGGUAGUUCUGGAUGAAACGAGAUCUCACGAAGAGACUCUUCUGUGUACAAUGUCUACGCAUAAUGGUGCUGUCUUGUGUGUUCGAUGGUCCAAUAUCGACGGCAGAUAUCUUGCGUCGGGCUCUGAUGACCAAAUUAUAUUGAUUUGGGAACUAGACAACGUAUCACGUGACACAACUAGCGUGUUUGGGAGCAACGAGAAAAACAUAGAAAACUGGAAGGUUGUAAGAAGACUUACCGCUCACUCUUCAGAUGUUGGCGGCUUAUCGUGGUCUGAUGAUAAUAGAUAUCUAGCAUCUUGCGGAUUUGACUCUAAUAUAUUCAUUUGGGAUGGUCGGACUUUUGAAAAGCUCGCGACACUCACAGCACACAAUGGAUUUGUUAAAGGUCUAAGUUGGGAUCCAGUCGGACAAUAUCUGGCAAGCGAGUCAGAUGACAGAACAGUAAAAAUAUGGCGAACGUCCGAUUGGCAAGUGGAGACUAAUAUUAAAGACCCUUUCGUCACGUCACCUACAAGUACUUUUUUUCAACGAUUAAGGGCAUCUCUGAAGCUAAUAGAUGUUACAAACUUCUUAACGCAAAUAAUUGUAUUUAGUUGGUCGCCAGAUGGAUCCCAUAUUGCAUGUGCCAAUUGCCAAGAAGGACCUGUUGCAGUGGCAGCUAUUCUUCGAAGAACCGAAUGGGUUACGGUUGUAUCUUUGGUUGGACAUCAAAGUCCGGUCGAGAUAUUUACAUCUCGUAAUCUCAUUUUGUUCAAGGCCUUCAAUCCCAAAUUAUUCAAAUCGUCAGACGAAUCCUCAACGACUGGAACUAUCUGUGCCGUCGGAAGUCAAGAUCAUUGCAUAUCCAUUUGGUCAACGAACUAUGCUCGACCAUUGUUUGCCACGGAGCAAAUAUUUGAACACAGCGUCUUAGAUUUAUGUUGGUCUCCGGAUGGACAUGCUUUAUUUGCUGCUUCGUAUGAUGGGAGCGUUUGCAUUCUUAGAUUUUUCGAGGGUUCGUUUGGUACGCCUGUUACACAUGAAGAGAAAGAGCGAAUUUUAGAACAGUAUGGUUACAAAAGGAAAGACACUAUAAUAAUAGAAAACACUGCGCAAUAUACUUUGGAAGAGCAACGAAACGUAGAGAAGAAAUCAAAUCGCAUAUUAGAAAUAAUAGAAGGUCCUCAAACUACCACGUCUUUCGAUACAUCGCAGCCGUCAGGGGAUGUAGCGGUUGGGGCAGGUGGAAGUGUCAGUACCCCAGUGCAGCAAACCGUUACUAUUAUGAAAGAUGGUAAAAAGAGAAUACAGCCGCAGUUUCUUCGUGGUCUAUCACCGCCUGCUUCACAACCGAUGACGACAUCGUCUUUCCCUCCAGCUACGGCUCCGUUAUCCAACCUGCAAGCUUCGACGAAUGUAUUCCAAUCUUCCCAACAACAUCAAGAACAACCCCAAUCUUCUGUGGAAAUGUCUCAGCCUUCAUCUUCUCUUCCGCCCGGUGGCAUUCCUGCGCUCUUUAUUGGCAAUAAACGGUAUGUGGCAGAUACAGAGACAGCGCAACCUUCUAGUAAGAGAAUGGCCUCUGCUAAAGGACGUCUUGAUACCGACUCGAAGACGUUACGACCAGCAAACGAAUUACCAGUUGUCGCCAUUUCACAAGUGAGGUUGGGCGUGCCUGUUGUAAAAGAAGAACUGAAGUUGGAAUUAGUUAAUGGGAUAAUCGAAUGUCGCAACAAAAACAAAAUGUCAAAGAUAACCUGUAGACGUAAAGGAGCUGUCGAAUGGAUAGACCAGGUGAAUAGUCCCAUAUUGCUUAUUGAUCACAACGACUCUUACACAACAUCUUCAUGCGAAGACGGAAGUGUUUAUAUUCACUCUUCUGGUGGAAGACGCCUAUUCCCACCUAUAAUGCUUGAAGCGCCAGCAUCUUUCAUGGACUCUAACGAUAAAUAUCUGCUGAUCUUAACUCAAAUCGGUCUCAUAUACGCUUGGGAUAUUCCAACCCAAACUUCCAUUCUCUCGGGCAUAUCUCUAGCGCCAGUACUCCAAGUUGCGACGCUGACGUCUAAUGAAUUUACACAAACAACCAUCAAAGCUGCAUCCAUCACUCGCAACGGAGUUCCUCUUGUCCUCACCUCGAAUGACGACACGUGGUUGUAUCACAUAGCAAUGAAAUCCUGGAUGCGCGUUGUCAACUCAUCUUAUACGGGUCCGGACUUUCCCCUUCCUAUGAUUCCAAAAUGGAAGUUAGGUCUAAUUGGAAGAGCGGAAGAGCACUCACGCGCAAAUAGAGGCGUCUCACAGGGACAGAUAUACCUUGAGAACCCGGGUGUUGGUCCGAGGGUAUUGGGACAUUUGGAGACAGUGCUGAGUGCGGCAAAGAUAAUCGACAGUCCAAGUGAAUUCAGACAAUAUUUAUUUUUAUACGUGCAGCAGCUUACUGACGCUCAACAGGAAGUAAAAUUGAGGGAAGUUUGUAAGGAAUUGUUGGGGCCACCCGGGAGCCGAAGUAAACCAAAUGGUUGGGAGCCCAACGUGCUGGGACAAUCUAAGCACCAAUUACUACGGGAUGUACUUGCCAUUAUCAGUUCCAACCGUGCUUUACAGCGAAUCGUCGAGGAGUUUGAUGAGGCACUCAAGCGUUUCUCACAAUCUAUUCCAAUGGAAAUGUAA